CUCAUUUUGCGGGGGCAAAAAGCAGGGCCAUUUGAGCGCGCUAGACGUCAAGGAGGCGUUUAAAAAGAAGCGCUGCUUCUCACUGUGACCAGCGAUCCUCAGCUACACGCCCGCGCAUCGCUGCAACCAGGGCGCUGAAUCGCCGCGAGCAGAGCGCCCCACCAGCGACCCAGCCAACACGAAAGACAAUGCCCCCGCGCAAGAAGCCCGCGGCCCGCAAAAAGCGUAAAGCGCCCGAGCCGGAGCCCGAGGCCGAGCCCGAGGCGGUCGAAGACAACGAAGGCGCCGUCCUCGACACGAGCGAGGCCGACCUCAAGGCGCGCUUCGCCUCGACCAAGACCGCGACGGAGUACGCGCAGUUCCACGGCUGGGUCGAGCGCUGUUUGGAGGCGGCGCGCGCGGAUUUGAGCGGGGCACUUUUUCCCGUGUUUGCGCACUGCUACUGUUCCCUUGUGGACGAAGGGAACACCGACGAGGCAUCGAGAUUCUUGGAACGGUGGGCUCCCUCUCAUGACGACCGCUACGCGUCCUACGUCGAGAGUCUGAGGAGGGCCUCGUCGAAAGCAUCUUCCAAGCGCGACCCCUUCCGCAAGCGCUUGGCGAAAUCAAAAUUCAAAGUAUGUCUCGGCAAGGCGGCUAGAGACUUACUCGGCGACUUCCUCAUCCGCUCCGAGCUUACCGCUGUGUUGCGGAUCCUCAACAACUUCGUAGAGGUGGAAGAAGAAGGUCUGAAGGGCGUCGCGCGGUUAGUCGACGAGGACGUUGUACUCACAGAGGUGGCGCUGGGCGUGCCGACGCGGUCGGAGCUGGAAACGCCGAGUGGGUUGAAUGUUCCGGACUUCUCGACGCCCUACGGCGCUUCGCUAUUGAGAGACGCCUGCCGCCGGCCGCUGCAGCAGGCAACUGAAAGUGGCUUAGUUUCUCGAGGAAGGGGCCCUUUGGACGCCCUGAAGCCGACGGUGCUUGGUUUGUGUAUUGUCGGCGGCGACGCGCAACGAGUAUCUUGCGUCCAAGGUUCCGACGAUACGACAAGGUGCAUCGCGGGGUUUGCCGACUCUACAGUUAGAAUCUGGCGGCCCGACGCUGUGGAGGAUGACGACAAGAACCGAAGACCGUCGAAACCCUUGGCGGCGCACGUCGGCGGCGUGUCGAGCGUGAGCUGGGCCGGCGGUUCGCGCUACGCUUUAUCCUCGGGCAACGACGGCGCCGUGGUGCUGUGGGACGCCGACGCGCCGAACGACGAAGGCGAGGGCGCGCCGUUACAGCGCUACGCGGCGCACGCGGACGCGUGCUGGUCCGUCCAUUCGCCUUCAUCAUCAGAUUCCUUGGGCGGCGGUCGUAUUUUUGCGACGGGCGGCGCGGACCGGACCUGUCGCCUCUUCUCGACGGACCGGACGCGGCCUUUACGAAUCUUCGCGGGGCAUUGGUCGGAUGUCACCUCGGUCAAAAUCCACCCGAACGCCCACUCGAUCUUAUCGUGCUCGCGGGACGCGACUUGUAGACUGUGGGACGUGCGGGUCGACGGCGGCGGGCCGCUCUGCGCGCGCGUGCUGGACGCGGCGUCGUCCGAAUUAGUGAGAUGCGACAUUUCUACGGAUGGCGCGUCCGCCUGCGCCGUCUCCACGAAUGGCAUGCUGCACGUCUGGGACCUCGCGUCCGGGAAGACGACGGCGUCAAUCGAGGCGCACGCGGGCUGCGCCUACGCGUGCGCGUUUUCCGCGUGCGGCGCGGCUAUCGCCACGUGCGGCCGCGACGGCUCCCUGAAAGUGUGGGACGUCGCGUUAUUGCAAGCGAAGGGGCCCGCGCCGGCGCCGGCCUUCUCGUCCUCAACUUCUGAUAGGCCCGUGCUCGACGUGCGCUGGACGCCGGGCAACCUGCUGCUCGCGGGCGGGGCGUUGCUGGAGUAAGUCUAGUUCCCUAUU